AUGAUAGUCGAGAGUGAUGCUCGAAGCAGAUUGAUUUCAGUGACACGACCUCCGAUCAAGUAUGUACUGGAUGUGACGAUUGCUUAUCCGUGCGCAAUGCCGUUGAGUUUAGCGACAUUGAGUAUCGGAACUCGUGAGAAGUGCGAUAUCGCUGUCAAUUACAAGAUUUACGACGCCAAGGAGGUUCCAUUCCACGAUGAGGAGCAACUGAGAGAUUGGAUGUAUCGAGUUUACAAGGAAAAAGAUGAGAUGCUCGCGACGUAUUAUUCGGAAGGAGUGUUUGUGCAGGGUGAACAAGGUACUCGAGUGUAUUUCCCGUGGUGGAAGAUUAUUGGCCAGUACGCUUUCUGGUUUACAUCUCUCUAUGUUCAGUAUCGUUUAUAUUCCUACAUUGUUUUAUGGCCUUUCCGUUUGUUCGGGCUUAUUGCUUGGUAG